AUGACAUGCCUGAAAAACACAACUUACUCCUUGCUUAUGAAUGGUAGGGUUCAAGGUAGUUUCAAGGGAGAGAAAGGGCUGCGUCAAGGUGAUCCUAUGUCUUCGCUUUUGUUUGUUCUAAUCAUGGAGUAUCUUACUCGGGGUCUCCAACUGGCAGCUCAUGAUUCCACUUUCAGAUUUCACCCCAUGUGUAAAAGUCUUAAACUCCUUAAUCUUUGCUUUGCUGAUGAUUUUAUUUUAUUUUGCAAGGGGACUCUUUCUGCUGUUAGAGUGUUCAAAGUAGCUCUUGAGGAUUUUAGUGCUGCAAUAGGGCUCUCUAUUAAUACUAGUAAAUCACACAUCUUUUUUGGAGGAGUUAAUGCAACAGAUAAAAGGAUUAUAGAUCGUGAGAUUCAACUCUCUGAAGGGACAUUUCCUCUUAAUUAUCUAGGGGAUCCUAUGCGGCCAACUAAGUGGAAACAUGAAGACUUUUUAUUUGGGCUUCGUAAUUACUGGAUGAGCAUCUUUGUGCUUCCCCGAAGUGUUGUUAAGGAAGUGGAAAAACUUUGCCAUGAAUUUCUCUGGGGAAUAACUGGAAAUAGAAGCAAGAUCCAUAUUGUUUCUUGGCAGAAGGAGAAGCAUGAUUUACUGUGGGUCAAAUGGAUUAACUCAAUAUACUUGAAAGGCUCUAAUUUCUGGAACUACAAGUUGAAGCCUGAUUGCAACUGGAAUCGGAGGAAGCUUUGUCAUAUGAGGGGAAAAUUUAGCUUAGCUGAGGUGAAUGUUGCUUGUAUAACAGGGAGGUUUAUGGCUUCUAAACUCUAUAAUAGUACCUUGAGGCAACAGCCGGUGGGAUAUCAUCAAGUUGUUUGGUGUAAGCUUUCUAUUCCUAAGCAUCGUUUCUUACUUUGGCAAGUGGUUAACUCUCAGCUUCUCACUAGAGACAACAUGCUCAGGUUUUGUAUUACUAUUGACUGUUUGUUAUGUCCUGUUUGUGGUUCCCAUAAUGAGAGUCACACUCAUCUUUUCUUUGAGUGUUGUCUUUCUAAGAAGAUAAUUGAUUUAAUCUUUGCUUGGAUGGGGUUUAGAGCUUGGCCUGGUGAGUUUAUUAGUUGGACAGUUUGGAUUGCAAGUAGAAGACCUGGAAUCAUCUCCUCUAUUACCGAUAUGAUUUGGCUGUUGUUAUAUAUUACAUUUGGAGGAACCGAAACAGAUGUAUUUUUGAUGGGUUUACUAGGACAGCUGACUGUAUAG